UUAAAUAUUAUGUUUAUAUCACAACAAUCUGAUCAUAAUAAUCAACAAUUACAUUCUAUUAUUCAACAAUUAUUACAACAAUUACAACAAUUAAUUGAUCCAUUUGAUUAUGAUGUCUUCUAUCCACAUAUACAACAAGCGGUUUUAAUUGCUGCCCAGAAAACACAAUGUAUCCUAGGAAUAUUAAUAAAUAAACCAGAAUCGUUGGCAUCGAUGUUAGCAAAUCAAAUGAAAAUCAAUCAACAUCAAAUUGCACCAGAAAAAGAUGCAAUGAUCUUACCAAUAUCAAAUUGUUCAAAUGUAUGGUUCCCAUUGUUACCAGUUACAGCACCAUUAAUAUCACGUUCUAAGAAUCAAUCACAAAAUAGUUCUUCAUCUUCGAUACAAAUCAAUAAAAAUACUAAUAAAGUUGAAAAGAAAAAGGUAAUCAAGUCAAGUCCAAAACAUUCAAAACCAACAGAUAAUAAUUCAUCUGCUGGCAACUUGGUACGAUCUGGUGCAGCCUCCUUUUUAUCUGAUUGGUUUGGCUAA